AUGGAGAAGAGUUUCGUGUCCUUGUUCUUGCUGCUCAUCGUCAUCUCCUGUGCUCUGGCCAAGGAUGCGGGCAAGAAGGAUGCAAAGGACACUGCGGCUAAGCCAAAACUGCCUCAGACACUCUCCAGAGGCUGGGGAGACCAGCUCAUCUGGACGCAGACCUACGAGGAGGCGCUUUUCCGAGCCAAGCACAGCCAGAAACCCCUGAUGAUCAUCCACCACUUGGAAGACUGCCCACACAGCCAAGCCCUCAAGAAGGUCUUUGCUGAACACAAAGAUAUACAGAAGCUGGCUGAAAAAUUCAUUCUGCUGAACCUUGUGUAUGAAACCACAGACAAGAAUCUUGCACCUGACGGCCAGUACGUCCCUCGGGUUUUGUUCAUAGAUCCUUCCCUGACUGUGAGAGCAGAUAUUACUGGAAGAUACUCAAACCGUCUCUACGCAUAUGAGCCCUCUGACAUUUCAUUGUUGUAUUCAAAUAUGCAGAAAGCGCUGAAGCUCCUGAAGACUGAACUGUAAGAGGAAGAAGAAAGCCCUUAAAUAUUAUGAAGUCUUAUCUUCCAUCUCUUCUCCACACCUUGAUACUGGUGAAGAGACAUUUAGAGUGAUAUUUAGUGAUGUGUAGUGAUGGUUUCUAUACAUAAACACUACAGUUUUACAUUAGCACUUUUGUACUGGGAAGCAUUUUUAAAAGCUGGAGGCUUUUAUUUUAAGGCGUACAGAAGAAUAUACUGUAUGAUUCAACUGUAAAAAUGAUUUUUUAAAAAAUAAAUUCAUUUCAAGUGUUUACAUACAAAACAUUGCUGUUUUCAUUUUUUCCCCUUAUCUUCAUUUACCAUUAUUAGAAAUAGUAAAAUCACCAUGUUGCUUGAGACCACAGCUUGCAUUUUACAUCCAAGCAAUUUGGAAGGAAAAAGGCUGUCAUAGAUUAAUCCCAGCCAGCAGCCCAACCCCACACAGCCACUGCUGUCUGACUCCACUCCAGUGAGAAAGGAAAAUCAGAUGAGAAGUGAGAAAACUUAUGGGUUCAGAUAAAAACAGUUUAAUGGUAAAACAGAAGCUGUGUGCACAAGCAGAGCAAAUUGCAGGAUUAAUUCAUUGGCAUUAAUUCACUGCUUCCCAUAGGCAGGCAGGUGUUCAGCCACCUGCAGGAGAGCAGGGCCCCACCAAAUGUAAGCGACUUGGGAAAACGAACACCAUCACUCCAAAUGUGCUCCCCUUCCUGCUUCUUCCCCCAGUUUGUUUGGUGAGCAUGACAUAUGUCCCUCAUUCAGCUGUCUCAGCUCUGUCCCCUCCCAACUUCUCUGCAGCCCAGGGUUGGUUGCAGGGCAGUGUGAGGGAGCAGCAGACCUCAACUCCGUGUCAGUAAUCACAGAAAACAGCCUUGUGUUAUCAGCACCAUUGUGGCUGCAAAUCCAAAGCACAGCACCACACAAGCUACUGUGAAGAGAUUCAACUUCACUCAGCCAAACCCAGCAGAGGAAAGCAGCUUUUUAUCUCCAGUUUCAGCAGCUAGCUAAGCUCUCUAUUACUCACCCUACUUUAUCUCGUAUUAUUUUCUAGUAGCACCAGCCCAUGUAGAGCUUUCAUUAUCAGCCCUUUCUUUACAGCUAAAACAGCAAGAAGUCGAAAUCUUUCACAGAAAAGUACUUGAGACUAGAGAAUGGGAUCAUUUGCAUACAGAGCUUAUUUUUCUUUUGAACUGGUUGUAUUCUGAAGUGACUUAGGAUGUAACUACUUCCCUUAAAAGGCCCCUGCUUACAUCAGAUUUCAGUAAAGCCCUGAGAUGACUAAUAAAGGGAUACCACAUUGACUAUGUGGCUGGUUUCAUGAUUGCUUAUUCCUAAGCCCAAAAGGG